UGCUUUUGGAGCUUUUCUGUCGGCAAAACUCGGAAUCUCAUUGGUGGUCAGCAGAGAUUGCGCAAAUUUCACCAAUGAAAAGCGGAGGAGUGCCAUCAUGCAGUAACGGGGAACUGUGAACGAACACCGCUUGAUUUUGUGCGCGGGACAAUUCGAAAAAAAGUUGACGAAGGUGCUGGGGGUGCAAUUGAUUUCAUUUGAGUUUGAUAUAAGACAUUUUAUAUGUGUGUCGGUUCUUUUCGUCCUCUUUGAGCUUACAUAACUGAGAAGCUGCGAUGAGCUCUGAUGAGCAUGGACUCAGCACAACAUGGACCGAGUGUAACUUGUAUUCAGCUGGUUCCUCUCCAAGUGCCUCCCCACCAGGAUCUCCCCUGAUUGGCAGCCUUGGAGGCAGAAAACAGGAAAAGGCCAGAAACCAUGCUCGACGAGCUCCAGCCCAGGAGGGCCAGGAGGCUGUGCUCACCUGUCCUGGUCGGGCACUGCUUCGGGGCGGUGCUGUCAGACAGCAGCUCUCUCUGGAGACGGCCCAGCCCGCAAUCUGCCUGCCACUGAAUGAGUCCCAGGAACUCGAGCAUUUGCUGCUCUCGAUGGCUCAAGCAUCAUACACUCUUGAAGUCGAGUGUGCUGCUGUGGCUUGCUAUAACUCACGAAAUGAGCGCCAGGAGUUUUACAGCAUACGUCAGAAAGCUACCAACAAGAUGCGGGCCCUUAUCAACUAUAUAGACCAGCGGGGCGCGCUGACCGACGACGGGUGGCGCCAGGAGGUCGAGGUCGGACUGCACCGUCUGCACCGGCGCGUCGGCUACCUGGCGCCGCCGGGACCAGCCGACGAGCUCUGCCACGACCCGACGCUGGUCUCGCGCGCCCACCAGCUGUUUCACCUGCAGCUGGACCUGCGAGUGCUCUCCGUGUCCGCGCUGGCCCGGCUGAGCGAUCUCAGCGACCAGCCGCCGCCGCGCGACUCGCCCGGCGGACCGACGGUGCCGUGGCUGUCCGCCGUGCCCGGCCGGCACCGGUGGCGCCGUGCCGCCCACGCGCUCGCCUGGGAACUGGCCGUUCUGGCGCACAACAAGAUGAGAGAGACGCCCCUGGCCGAACUGGCCGACACCUGUGCGUUCUCCUGCGGCUGUGAGAAGGGCGCGUGGCUGGCGCUGCGGCGGCUGCUGGGGCCCGGCGGGCGCUCCGCGGCGGUGGCGGGCCCCGGCGGGCCGGCUGGCCUGUGGGCGGAGCUGGAGCCCCUGUUUGCCCAUAUCCUCAGCCCGCCGCCACCCUCCCCGGAGGCCACACUGGCCGAUGAGUUUCCGCUGAUGGAGACGGAGUGGUCAGAGGCGCCGCUGUUCCUCACCUGGCUCAUGUCUUCUGUGAGUGAUGUGUUUCGGUACGACGACCAGGACACGUUCAAACCUGACCUCACGUGUGACCGUAACACGCCCCCUUGUGACCGUAACACGUCCCCCUGUUGUGACCGUAACACGUCGCUGCUGCUGUCUCUGGUCUCGGCGGCCGCCGCCGGCGCCGCGGAGACGGAAGAUCCGGCCGGCGGCGAGCGGCGGCUGCGCUGUGUGCUGGCGCUGUGCGGCCGGCUCACUGAGCUCUGGGGCGCCACGCCGGCGCUCUCCAACACGCUCUGGGAGGUAGUGGUGCGCCGGCUGGUCAGGCCGCAGCCGCCCGGACCCGUCUCCGUCCUCCAGAUGACCUCCACAGUGCCCCGGUCGGGUCGGCGCUGGUGGGAGUCGGUCUCGGAGCCGCCGCCGCCCGAGGACAGUUUCGGCCAGUACCUGCUGCUGCUGCCGGCGCAGCUGGCGGCCGGCGCCGACUGCUGGCGCCAGCUGCGCGGCCGCGUGCUGCUCCGACUGCACGCCAAGCGGGCCGUGCAGCUGUCGGCGGCAGGGCUGCGAGCCGCCUGCACACUGUUCCUGACUCUCAUACACCUGGUGCCCGAUGACGUGCAGCUGGUGGACAAGUUCAUCUCGUUCCUGUCUCAGGUCAGCGAGUCGUCGGCACACGAGAUCCUGGUCUGCCGGGCAUACUUCGCCGCCGCUCACCUGCUCUUGGAGUCCGGCCGGGACGUGGGCGCUGUGGCCGCCGCGGCCGCCGCGCAGGCGGACCGGGAGCUGCGUGCGGCCGCCGACGCUCGGCCGUUCUCUCUGGCCCUGGUCGCUGCCUACUGGGAGGAGUGCUCGGAGCUAGUGCGCGCCAGUCCGCGGCUCGACAAGUCCGAGUACCAACUCGUCACGUCCGGCUGGCGUGCGUACCUGGGCUGCUGCGGGCCGUCGGAGCUGGCCCGAGGCCUCUCCGUGCUGCUGCAGCUGGCCGGAAAACUGCUAGGAAAUAUCCAGCAGCUGCAGCCCAUGGCACACAUCGUGGACACGGAGGUGGUGACUCGUAAGGAGCAGUACAGUCAGCUGACGGAGCGGCUGCGGCUAGUGGCGCCGCUGUUACACACCCUGGCGCUGUCUGCCAGCCCGCCGCCGGAGCUCGCCCAGCUGGCGGCCACGCUGACCCUGGUGCCCGGCGCGGGCUGCGAGCUGCACCACUUUACCGCGGACACUGUCACACCCAGUGUGUGCGCGGCGUACGUGACGGAGCUGCUGGCGGCGGCGCCGGAGCGGCUGGCCGCCGGCCGGGACGGCCUGGUGCGGCUGUGGCUGCGCUGCUGGGCCGGCGGCGCCGACCUGGCGGAGCUGGGCCCGAUGACGGCGGCCGUGGCGCGCCGGGAGGCGGCGCUGGUGCCGGCCGGACCGCCGGCCGACCCGACCACCGCGCGGCAGUUCACCGAGCGGCUGGCCAGGCUGGCCGAACAGAGUAAGGAGGGCCGUGAGCGCGUGAACGCCAUCUUCUCGGACCUGGCCUUCAUCGAUGCCUACUUGCGCGGUCCGCGUGCAGCUUCGCCCGGUCUGUCGCACCUGUUCCUGGUCUUCGGCCUGGUGGUGAAACACCUCAUCAACGUUCUGGAGCUGCGGAAGGUGGUGAGCAUCAUCCAGCGUCUGCUGUUGCCGCCGGCCGUCUACAACUCGGAGAAGGCGCUGGCGCCGCCCAUGAGGAACGCCCUCGCUCGGUCCAUACCGCUGUUCCUGGCCGGUAUCGCUCGGGCCGACUAUGCCACGGAGAAGUCUUACCGGCGCUUUGUGAAGGACACACUGGUGCAUUACAUGUACCGGUUUCCGAGCGACUCGCACCCCCUGCUGGACGUAUUCAGAUCGGAUGAAGUAUCUGACCAGUUCAAGGAUUUCGUCAUGCAAAUGAUGGCGGAAACGUUCCUUCAGAAGAUCGGUGGAAAGUUCCACGACAGCCUGCUGCAAGCGGCCCAGUGUCUGUCGGCGCUGGUAUCGGCGGACCGCGGCGGUCACCUGACGGCCCUGGUCGCCCGACGGACGGCCUCGCCCCUGCUGGAGCUGCUGCUCAGCCUAGAAGAGCCCCGCGCCAAGCGAGCCGCCACCGAUCUGCUCAAACUGCUCUGCCGCUCGCAGGCCGACGGCGUCAGGCCGGUGCUGUCGUCGGCGGUGGAGCGCCUGCUGGAUCGCCAGCUGGCGUUCCACUCUGGCCGCGUGUUCCAGCUGCUCGAGGUGCUGGCCGUGCUGGCGCCGGCGCUCACCCGUGACCUGCUGCCCACCCUGGAGCACCACGUGCGCAGGACUGAGCUGCGCCGCGGCGUCGGAGAGGACCGCAUACUCAGGAACGGGCUGGCGCGAGUGCAGCGCCGUCUGGCAGCGGUUGGGGAAAUUAUCGCACCAUCGGCGGACAACGGCUGCUAGACGGGCACCGAGCGCCGUUAGGAUUCCUAUCCUAGCGGUUAGAGGCUGAACGCGAGUUCCACGGCUGUGAUAGUUCUGUGCGAGAGUGAUACUCAUGUCAGUGCAGUGUGCGUACCGUGGCGUGUAACCAAGUGUCGCGUUCAGAUUCUCAUUCCACGCUGCCGAUAUUUUGCGUAUUGUGGAAGACUGUUCGAACUGUGCGCUCAACCGUCAACAUUUCUGUCGCCUACGCGUGCUCGCUAUCCGUUGAACGCUCAUACGACUUUUUUGUAUUGUGAUCUUUGACGCGUUGUAUUGCAACUGGACGCUAUUCAUCGUGAUGUAUCCCGGAUGUUUCGGCAAUGCAUGCAAGUACGAACAAUCAUUUAUGCAACGACGUUUCACGUACCCUGUUGCAGGUGAAUUAUCGUUCGCCAGUAAUAGAAUGAAGGAACUGUCAAUUUUUGGCGGUGUUACUCAUACAGACAUUCGCAUUACGA